AUUUACAGUAGAGUGUAAAAUGUAAAUUGGUAAACCGCUAUAUCAGCUGUUUACGAGUUUUAUUUGUAAACGACGAACUUGACUACAGUACAGAUUGUGACAGUUUAAGAUGGGAGAGGUAUGGAAAAUGGGUUGCCACAUGGAAACUGUAAUAAAGGCUUACAAGACAUUAUCAAAGAUACCAUCAAUAGUCGGUGGAAAGUUGAAUAGUCAGGGCAAUAGAGUGACUUCUAGGUGGUCCAUACGUAACUUAGAUAGAGGAAAACAUACACAAUAUAUGAUAGACUAUUUUUUGGAUACUAACUUGAAAGUUCUAAGUGAGAGUGAAUUUGCGGUAGAUGUCAGUCAUGAAAUGCUCACUGCUGUGUCUCCAAAAGAAAAUUAUAGAGCUGUGAUCCGAGAAGAAAAAGAAGACAAGGAAUACUCGCAGAGAAAACUUUACCUUGAAGUCUGGACUAAGACAACACUGAAACUUUCUGUCGAUCUUAUUUCAUUGGAUAUUCACGGAGAUGUUUAUGCAGAUUCUGAAUUUGGCUGCCUGGAAUGGUCGUCCGAUGAAAAACAUAUUUGUUAUAUAGCGGAGAAGAAAAUAAAGAAAUCUGAACCAUUUAUUAAAAGGAAACCCGUAGAUGAUAAAACUAAAGAUCCCGACGAGAAAAUGGCUGAUGAUAAAAAUAAAGAUUUUGACAAGAAACCCACACUCACACCGGGCGAAGAACAUAUAUACAGAGAGGAUUGGGGCGAACAGAUGAUGGGCAAGAACCAGACUGUGGUGGUCGUUUUCAGGAUUGCAGACGAAACUUUUUCAAUCUUGGAGAAUAUUCCAGAUAAUUUGUGCCCUGGACAGGUUAGGUUCACUCCCAACGGAGAUGCCUUAGUAGGCGUGGCUUGGAAUACAUCUGGUGUGAGGCGCUUAGGACUGAUCUAUUGCACCAACCGGCCUGGUUACAUUUUCUGUUACACUCUAACCGGAAAAAUGAAGAAGUUAAGUGAAGAAAACAAAGCGGUCCGGUCUCCCCGUUUCUCGCCCAAUGGUGACCUGGUGUGGCUGCAGCGGGAGGCCGGAGGACCGCAUCACGCGUGCCACCAGCUAGUGCGGAUGUCUGCAAAUACUAUUAAUAGUGUCAUAGAGUCUGAUGAUUAUGACGUUUGUGAUGAAAUAUCAGUGGUGAUAGACAUCGUUCAUAAUAGCGAGGACAUAUGCAAUGAGGAAAUUUUCUACGGGAUUUAUUGUCAGAGCCUACCGACGAAGUGCUUCAGCAGCGAUGGAAAACGAUUGAUUUUUAGCACUCAACAGCAGAAUGAGAUAAGAAGUUAUGUUGUUGACAUUGAGAGUGGUGAUAUAACGGAUAUAUCGAAUAAUAAAGAGAAUCCAGGAUCGACGUCUGUGCUGAGCGUGCAGGCUGAUGUCAUCCUCGCUUCCUGGUCGAAUAUGACCACGCCGGGUCAGCUAUUCGCGGCAAAGUUGCCAGCUGCCGGCCAAGAAUGCGAAAUAUCGUGGGUGCGGGUGAGUGCGCCGCCCGCCACGCCGCCCACUCCCGGCACCGCCGUGCAGUACUUGUCGCUGCGAUACAACCACGAGGAUGACGCCGUGGCGUCGUUCGGCGCGCUGUACAGCGGGCGCGCCGCGGGCGCCGCGUGCCCGCUGCUGGUGUGGCCGCACGGCGGGCCGCACUCCGCCUUCUGCAACGCCUACUCGCUGGAGGCCGCCUUUUUCAACGCGCUCGGCUUCGCAUGUCUUCUGAUCAACUAUCGAGGAUCAACUGGGACGGGGGACGCCUCGGUAUUCUUCCUACCGAGUCGUAUAGGAACGGCUGAUGUCGCAGAUUGUAAACUAGCGACCGAAAAGGCAAUAGAACUAUUUCCUAUUAACGAAGAGAAACUUCUCCUAUACGGGGGCUCACACGGCGGUUUCCUGGUGGCACAUCUCAGUGGACUGUACUCUGGUUUCUACAGUGUGACGGUCGCUAGGAACCCCGUCAUUGAUUUGGCCACCAUGUAUAAUACCAGUGACAUUGCGGAUUGGUGUUCCAUAGAAGCAGGUUUCCCAUUCACAGACGAUGGUCCAAAUACUGAAGAUCACCUCUUAGCUCUCCGUCGAGUGUCGCCGAUAGUCCACGCCCAUAAGGUGACCACGCCCACUGCCAUCAUGUUGGGAACGAAGGACAAAAGGGUUCCCUACUACCAGGGAUUGGAGUACAGCAGGAUGUUAAGGGCUAACGGGGUUAAUACCAAGGUGUUCAUGUACGAAGAUAAUCACUCGCUAAGCAGCCUGCCUGUUGAAAUGGACAACCUUAUCAACGCAGCUGACUGGUUCAUCUCAAUGAUCAAAGAUAAAUAAACUUUGAGUGGCGUAAGGAGCACGUGGGUGCGGCGCAUCUAGGGG